AUGGGUUCUUUGGCAAAGAAGGGGCUCAACAAUUACGUCAAACAGCUCCAGGAACACCCUUUGAGAACCAAGGUCAUCACUGCAGGUGUAGUUUCAGCGAUCAGCGAUAUUGUCUCUCAGAAACUUUCUGGGAUACAGAAACUCCAAUUAAAACGUCUCCUUCUCAAAGUGCUUUUUGGAGCCGGUUAUAUUGGACCCUUUGGACACUUUUUUCAUUUAAUACUGGACAAAAUUUUCAAAGGAAAGAGAGAUACAAAAACUGUGGCGAAGAAGGUUCUGAUUGAGCAGUGUACAUCUUCUCCUUGGAACAAUUUGCUUUUCAUGAUUUAUUACGGAUUAGUUGUUGAAGGCCAACCUUGGGUGACUGUGAAAGCUAAAGUUAAGAAGGAUUAUCCCUCAGUGCAGUACACUGCAUGGACGAUCUCGCCAAUUGUGGGGUGGAUAAAUCACAAAUUCUUGCCUCUUCAUUUCCGUGUUGUUUUCCACAGCGUAGCAGCAUUUUUCUGGUCGAUAUUCUUGAACCUUCGAGCACGAUCUCUGGCAUUGACUAAAGCCUGA